AUGCAGAUGAGAGGCAGUGAGGAGGCAGCCAGCUGUGGCCUGGACAACAGCCUGACCAACAUCCAGUGGCUGGGGAAGAUGACCUCAAAUGGACUGAGCUCGUGUGGCAUGAAAAAAGACACAGAGAAGGAGAACCAGACCCCCAAGCAGAAAGCGAGUAAGAUAGUAGCUGUCCCAACGAAUUCUGUAUCAUCUGCAAAUUUGUCAGAGGGAAGCCCCACAGCUGCCACCGUCUCUUCUGCUUUGUGGCACGAAUCUUUCUCUGAACGGCCCCCCUACUCAUACAUGGCCAUGAUCCAGUUUGCCAUCAACAGCACUGAGAAGAAGCGCAUGAUGUUGAAAGACAUCUAUUCCUGGAUUGAGGAUCAUUUCCCCUAUUUCAAGCAUGUUGCCAAGCCAGGCUGGAAGAACUCUGUACGUCACAAUCUUUCUCUUCAUGACAUGUUUGUUCGGGAGACAUCUGCCAAUGGGAAAAUUGCAUUCUGGACCAUUCAUCCUGAAGCAAACCGCUACCUAACGCUAGACCAGGUGUUCAAGCAGCAGAAACGGCCUGCUCUGGAUCUGCGGAAGAACGUGAAAGGCAGCAAAGCGGAGCCCCAGACGUCCCGGCCGCGGAUUAAGCCCUUGAUGCCACGGGUCAGCUCCUACUUGGUUCCCGCCCAGUUCCCCACGAGCGAGCCUCUUCGUCUUCAGACGCCUUCGAGGCCACCGCUGCCCGCAGCCCAAGCGGCCUUGGGGGCCGUGCAGAUCAACAGAGGGGAGCGCCCCGCUCCAAAGAUCCUGCGCUCCAGUGAAGAGCCGGUCCUGUUGCCUCCUGCAGAUUCCAUAAAGGAGGAGAGGGACUGUGGGGAAGCGUCCCCUUCAUUGACCCCCCACCAGUCUCUCGAGGGAGGCACCUGUACAGACAGCGGAGAACCAUCCGCUGGAGUCCUGAGUGACAGUUUCCAUUGCCAGGAGUUAACCUCCUCCUUCCUCCCUGCAUGGCCUGUAAAGGAGGAACCAGCCCAAGGUAGUGAAGAGCAGAAGAGCUUCUGUGUCCAGGCAUCCCCCAUGAAACAAAAGAGACAGGCUGCAGAUCUCAGAUCAACCCCCCAGAGCACGCUGGUCAUAAAGAGGCAAGAAUUGGGCAGAUCCAGAAGGAAACAGCACUUAGCUCUCUCUUCCUCGGAAGAACCGGUCCUCCUCCUCCCCCUCAGUAGUGGCGCAAGUUCAUUCCCGAUGGGGCACAGUCCUCCUUCCACUCUGGAGGAACCUCUAGGAAAUGUGCCCCAUCUUGCCUGUGGUCUGGGGGAAGUGGGCUGUUUUAAGACUCCAGUGAAGGAGAUGUACUGCAGACUGCCAGCUGCUUCCACCCCUAAUAAAACACCCAUAACCACCCCAUCUCUCCUGCCAGCUACUGACCAGUGGAGACUGGCCCCUUCGGUCAAGGAAAGGAGCGAUCUUGAUUUCAGCCCUCUGAGACCUUCUCCACUGCCAUUCCUGCCCUUCCAGGAUAAUUUAGAUCUUCUGGGGUUUAAUGAGACUCCACUGAGACAAACCCUGUGUGAUUCUCCCCAGCGUCCACUUUUAAACACAGAAGCUGGUGAAAUAGUCCCUGGGCUCUUGACCAGUUCUCCCACAUCCAGCAAGGUGGCUUCUGAGCUUCCAGGGGACAAUUCCCUUCUGGAAGGUCUUAUCUUGGAUACCAUGCCUGAUAAUUGGAGCAAAAUCUCACUAGACGUCAGUUUUCCGGACACUGAGAAUGACGACCUGGAGACUGAUCUGAGCUGGUCACAGUUCCUUCCUCAGCUGAAAUGACCAAAUCUGGCUCAUUGCAAAUGACCUCGCCUGUGCCACACAUUCAGAAGACCCCGUCCCGUAUCCCAGAGGCACUUCAGCAAACGUUGCUGUUGAUUAUCUGCAGAGGUCACUCGUACGAAUGAUCAAGGAAGCCUCGGCCAUGAAGGCUGAAAGAAAACUCCCCAUCCUGUUUUCUACAGCAUCUUUGUAGAUGAUGGCCUUGGCAAAUUUAGGGCACUCUGCGGGUGGCCAGAGGCAGAGCUCCAGGACUGUCAGUAGUUUUGGAGAGAACUGGAGGUUCAGCUGGAGGAAAGUUUCAUCUACUAAAAGAUGUCUCGGCUACGCAAAUGACAUCUUAUAUGGCCACGAACCCUAGUUGUCAGUCCCUUGAUGCUCUGGGGGUGAUUAUUUCUCCCCCCCGACCCCGGUCCAUUUUUGUUCCAAUAAUAGGAGCCUGAUCUGGACAAGCCUCAUCGAUGCCUGAAAAGCCUCAUCAAGUCAGGCUCCUGCUAAAGGCUGCCAGGCAGAGCCAGAAAUCAGUAAAGAUGGCGCCUCUUUGUGGGGUUCCUACCGCAUAGCCUAAAGGGGCUAAAUAAAAGACAUUUCAAGGGGGCAUGCUUCGCUAACGCUGAGCUGGGAUUCACUUAUCUAGAAGCGGUUGCAUUUUAGGUCUAGCCAGAAGGUCUGGGCUGCGUCUGCACAGAUCGCCAGCGGUCGAAGCCACGAAGCAGCUCUCAAGGUCCCCGCAGUAGCUCUGCCCCACUGUGCUGGCAGGUGCAGAAGGCUUGAAAGGAGAGCCAGGGGCCGCUGCUCUUCUGCUUUCAAGGACUGCUGAGAAGCUGGGCCUGCCAGUUCGGCCAGGUGAAGCAAGUUGUCUUCGUGGGGAAGCACGGAGGCAUCGCGCUCCUUGAUUUGAGCCCUUCCAGUUGCCGCGAUAGUCUCCAGCAAUUAAAGCAGUGGAGCAGGGCUCCAAAGACAGGAAAGGGGGAUCCACCCACGUCAGCUUCGAAAGAGGGUGGCUCUCCAGUGAAACUGUCCCGCCGGCUCUCUUGCAGGGGCCUCUGGUCCUCCUAGAGCAGAACCAGAGCCAUGUUCAGCCACUUCAAUGCCGGUCACGUUCACGAUCCUUGUAGCAGCCUAUGCAAUAAAUGUCUGUCCUUCCACGUGGUACGUUUUCUCAAAAUCCUCCUUUGGCCUCCUUCAAGGAAGGAGCGCAGAGGAGGGCCAG